CGGCGCUGUUGUGCCUUUCCGAGUUUGCUACCCGCUAGAACCAAGGAUUUUUCUCAAAUUCCUUGACUAGAACACGGAAGUAGAUUUGAAGACGACACUUCUUGUGUGGGGUCAAGACAUACUGACUGAGCUGAAUAAGUUACUCAACUGAAAAUGUCUAAACUACAGAUGUUGCGUGUGUUUUUAAAUGAUCGUUUAACGGCGGCUGCUGUGGAGAUUUUCGGGGCAGUUGAGAAAACGGUAGUGGAGUACCAGGAGGAGAAUGAUCGGCUACGGAGACUGCUGGGGAUCACUCCAGAGAUACAACUAUGUAGAAGAGACUCCCUGCAGCUCUCUGUCUCUGAAGAGGAGGUUCCCCCUGAGCAGCAGCACUGUGAGCAGGAGGGGAGCCCCAGUCUGGGGCAGAAGGACCCAGAGACCAAACAGAUUAAAGAGGAACAGGAGGAAGUCAGGACCUGUCAGGAGGAAGAGCAGCUUCAAGGGCUCUUUGAUACCAAAGACUCCAUAUUCACUCCUUCCUGUGUGAAAAGUGAAUGUGAUCUGGAGAACCCAUGUCAAGAAGCCGUACUAGCUGAACACCCAACUCUCAGUCCACUGAAAACGUCUAAACUACAGUUGUUGAGUGUGUUGUUAAAUCAAUGUUUAACGGCAUCUGCUGCUGUGGAUAUUUUUGGUGCAGUUGAGAAAACGGUAGUGGAGUACCAGGAGGAGAAUGAUCUGCUACGGAGACUGCUGCGGAGGACACCAGAGAUACAACUAUGUAGAAUAGACUCCCUGCAGCUCUCUGUCUCUGAAGAGGAGUUUCCCCCUGAGCAGCAGCACUGUGAGCUGGAGUGGAGCCCCAGUCUGGGCCAGAAGGACCCAGAGACCAAACAGAUUAAAGAGGAACAGGAGGAAGUCAGGACCAGUCAGGAGGAAGAGCAGCUUCAAGUGCUCUUUGAUACCAAAGACUCCAUAUUCACUCCUUCCUGUGUGAAAAGUGAAUGUGAUCUGGAGAACCCAUGUCAGGAAGCCGUACUAGCUGAACACCCAACUCUCAGUCCACUGAAAACGUCUAAACUACAGUUGUUGAGUGUGUUGUUAAAUCAAUGUUUAACGGCAUCUGCUGCUGUGGAUAUUUUUGGUGCAGUUGAGAAAACGGUAGUGGAGUACCAGGAGGAGAAUGAUCUGCUACGGAGACUGCUGGGGAGGACACCAGAGAUACAACUAUGUAGAAUAGACUCCCUGCAGCUCUCUGUCUCUGAAGAGGAGGUUCCCCCUGAGCAGCAGCACUGUGAGCAGGAGUGGAGCCCCAGUCUGGGACAGAAGGACCCAGAGACCAAACAGAUUAAAGAGGAACAGGAGGAAGUCAGGACCAGUCAGGAGGAAGAGCAGCUUCAAGGGCUCGUUGAUACCAAAGACUCCAUAUUCACUCCUUCCCGUGUGAAAAGUGAAUGUGAUCUGGAGAACCCAUGUCAAGAAGCCGUACUAGCUGAACACCCAACUCUCAGUCCACUGAAAAUGUCUAAACUACAGUUGUUCUGUGUGUUUUUAAAUGAAUGUUUAACGGCAUCUGCUGCUGUUGAGAUUUUCGGGGCAGUUGAGAAAACGGUAGUGGAGUACCAGGAGGAGAAUGAUCUGCUACGGAGACUGCUGCAGAGGACACCAGAGAUACAACUACGUAGAAUAGACUCCCUGCAGCUCUCUGUCUCUGAAGAGGAGGUUCCCCCUGAGCAGCAGCACUGUGAGCAGGAGUGGAGCCCCAGUCUGGGACAGGAGGACCCAGAGACCAAACAGAUUAAAGAGGAACAGGAGGAAGUCAGGACCAGUCAGGAGGAAGAGCAGCUUCAAGGGCUCUUUGAUACCAAAGACUCCAUAUUCACUCCUUCCUGUGUGAAAAGUGAAUGUGAUCAGGAGGACCCACUUCAGUCCUUGACUCUUCCCCAAACCCAGACUGUGGAGAACAGAGAGAGUGACUCUAAACCAGUGGAUCUCACACCCUUUGGAACUGUGACCCACAUUAAGGGUCUCAACAUUCCCUGUGACCCUCCAGAUAAUCAAAACAAUGCCUCCAGACACAGCUCAGCCGUAAGCAGCUACACAGUAGGACUUGACUACAGUCCACCAUUGGUUCCCAGCCCACCAUUGGAUCCCAGCCCACCAUUGGAUCCCAGUCCACCAUUAGAUCCCAGUCCACCAUUGGUUCCCAGCCCACCAUUGGUUCCCAGUCCACCAUUAGAUCCCAGCCCACCAUUAGAUCCCAGUCCACCAGUGGAUCCCAGUCCACCAUUGGAUCCCAGUCCACCAUUGAAGAAACACUGUUCCAAACCCAGCACCACAUCUAGAAAAACUCACCACUGCCGUGACUGUGGUGCAACGUUUCCUCUGAAAGCUGACCUGCAGAGACAUGUGACUCUCACCAGGAAGACACCCAGUGACUGCAGCUUUGGCAAUAAACUCAACAACUCCACCUGUAAACUGAAGGCCCAUGUCCGACUCUGUCACGGUGGUAAACCCUGUAUCUGUCCAGUUUGUGGAAAGACCUUCAAACACAAAGGAAUUCUGUCCAGGCACAUGAGGAUUCACACAGGAGAGAAACCAUUUAGCUGUGGUGACUGUGGGAGAAGCUUCAGUCAGAAGGUGAGACUAACUGAACAUAAACUCACUCACACAGGAGAGAAACCAUUUAGCUGUGGAGACUGCGGGAAAAAAUUAAAUCGGAAGGGGCACCUAAACAUGCACAAACUGAUUCACACAGGAGAGAAACCAUUUAGCUGUGGUGAUUGUGGGAAAGGCUUCAAUCGGAUGGCAGACCUAAGGAGGCACAAACUGACUCACGCAGGAGAGAAACCAUUUAGCUGUGGUGACUGUGAGAAAAGCUUCAAUUUCAAGAAUAAUCUAACCAGGCAUAAACUGACUCACACAGACUCCCUGCAGCUCUCUGUCUCUGAAGAGGAGGUUCCCUCUGAGCAGCAGCAUUGUGAGCAGGAGUGGAGCCCCAGUCUCGGGCAGGAGGACCCAGCCACCACACAGAUUAAAGAGGAACAGGAGGAACUCAGGACCAGUCAGGAGGAAGAGCAGAUUUAA